AUGUAUGUAUGUCACUAUAAUUUUUGAUGUUAAUUUUUGUUAAAAAAUAAUUCUCUACUCUGUUAUCUUUGAAUAUAUACGCAAAAUGAGUAUAUCGGAAAUAUCCACAGACUCUGAGUUUACUGUGGCCGAGGAGGAAGAGGAUCGCAUAAAUAUCGGACUUUACAUCGGAGGACGAAAUGCCGCGGGUCAACGCCAUGGACGCGGCUGGGCUAUCCUACCGAAUGGGGAUCAAUAUGACGGUCAAUAUCGACAAGGUAGGCGUCACGGCAUAGGACUGUAUGUGUUUAAGGAUGGGUCACGUUAUUAUGGGUGCUAUCGUUGUGGACAUCGUUCCGGUCGGGGUAUGUUCAUCUAUCCGGAUGGUAGCAUGUAUGAGGGAUGUUGGCGCAAGAAUAUUAAACAUGGCAAAGGACGUUAUAGAUAUGUGAAUGGCGACUGCUACAUGGGUAACUGGUAUCGCGGUCAAAGACAUGGCGUCGGUGUUUAUUGCUUUAAAUCCGAAGAUUGCGGAGAGCUGCGCUUCAAAGGCACGUGGCGCAUGGGUGUGCGAGUUGGUCCUUUUCAAGUGUUUUAUGGCGAUAAAGAUCGGUCAACCAUUUUGCAUGGCAGUUGGGACAACGAAUACCCGCAAGGACCAGCUGUGUUUACGUUUGAUCAACGUUAUAUGUUGAUGGGCUACUUUCAAACGCCCGGUAUGGUGUAUAAAACUAAGAAAGGGGCUGAAGGUGAAUUGGAUGAAUAUGGUGCUGAAGGCGAGAUAGAGCGCAAUGACAUGGAGGUGUAUGUUGAUGUGCUGCCGUCUCAAUGGUUCGCACAGGAUAUUUGCUGCUACGACUAUGCGCAAUUGCCACAAGAGCCGGUACCGUUGCCUCUGUCCGAUUCCGAGGUAUCCGUAUGCUCAUUGAGCACAGUUCCGACAGAACUGACGCUACAACGUAGCAUUCUUUAUGUGGGCGAAGCUGAGGAGGAAGGUGAAGGCGAGUGUGUCGAGUGUAUACCUUGUGAGGGUGUCAGCGAAAGUGAAAUCGAAACAGAAAGUGAACCCAUUUGCAGUCCACAAGCCGAUCCUUGUGCCAUUGAAAUCAUAAGUGAAAGCAAAGAAUGCUAAAAUCAAAUUGUUAAUUAUAUAUAAUAUGUACAUUUCGCUAUUUGUUGCGACUUUAAAAUAAACAAAUUUCUUUUGAAACUUAAA